UAUAAACAAACUUUAUUCUGUCGAAGCAAAUGACAACAAGACAUACCAUGGUACGGUAACAAUAUAGUUUUGUGUGAUUGAUUCUUAUAAUUCAUUCAGUAUGAGUUCCCCAAAAUGCGCUAUAAUUGGAUGCACAAAUAGCAAAGUAAAAACGCCGGAAAAGUAUUUCUUCCACUCUCCCUCAGGAUCAGGGGAAAGGCGACAUGGGUGGAUGAAACCAACGGGAAAAUGGUCUCUAGCAACAUCAACAAAAUUUAAUAUUUGUGAGGACCAUUUCGAUAUGGAUACAGACGUUGAGUUUUUCAGAAUGAAUGGUGCUCCUUCACUGUAUAAAACAGCCUAUCCACAUCGUAACCUCACCACACCUGAAAUGGCAUUGCAGGCGAAAUUGGACAAGUUUAAUUGGAAAUGCUUUGUUCCGAGCUGUGAGAACAAAAGACUGAUGUCAGAUCGGAAUGUGGUUUUCUUCGCGGUGCCAGAAGGCCUGCAAGGACAGUUGUGGAGAGCUGCUGUUUUUGAGGAUAAAGGUUUCACGAAUGGCUCGUUGGUUAGUGACCUUGAAUUCUGUUGUGAGGAUCAUUUUGACAUUACAAAGGAUUUUCACAAAAAAUUUAGCAUUGGCACGUCCAUCGAAUACACAAUCAAUGCUGGUACAGUUCCGUCAUUAAAUCUAAGUGAUUCGAAACUAGACAUUUUGGACGACGUAAAAUUGAAGCGCCUCGCUGAUAUGAAUCUUCAUCCCAGAGUGAUACUAAACAACAGAUUAACCUACCUGUACGGUUCAAAGUUUCCGCUAUUAAUCGAAAAACUUCAGAUGACUGACACUUCGUUUGUGGCUGUGAAAGAAGAUGCAAUUGAAUCAAAUGGAACUGUUGAAAUAAAGACCGAACCAAUAGAUGCUGCGUACGAAUACGAAUACGAAAUUAGCAAUGAAUUGGUCCGAAAAGCAGAAAAGUCCUGCUCUGACACAAAUCCACUGGAACUUGAUUCGGAACCUAAAUAUAAACCGGAUGCCGAAGCAUCAUCUACGAGCGAAGAAAGCGACGAUCUAGAUGUAACAACUGACGACAAUUCAUCCACAGACGACGAAUCGUUUGAACCUGACACAUCUGAUGAUUCAACAGAAUCAGAAGAAUCAGAAGGUUCAGAAGAAGCAGAAAGUUUGGAAGAUGAGGUCAAAUCAGAAGGUGAAUCAGAUUUAAAUACAACCGAACGCUUCGAAUGCCGCUACUGUCUGCAGUUGGUUCAAAAUUUGGACAGACAUGUGGAGCGAAUACAUUGGAAUUUUUCGAAAAAUGUUAACCGAACCCGUUGCGGAUUGUGUCCGUUAAUAUAUCCACGAUCAAAAGAUCUGCGCAGACAUCAAAUAUACGUCCAUAGUGGUAAUGCUUAUGCUUGCGACAUAUGUGACAGUUUGGCACGAACGCAUGAAGCGAUUCGGAUCCAUAUCCUACGGGAGCAUUCCAGCGAACGGACAAUGCUCUGUCAGCAUUGUGGUAAAAGUUACAAAUUUAUUUGGCAGCUAAAACGUCAUGUGCGAAGCAUACACAUCGGUGUUGAGAAGCAACGUACACACGUUUGUCAGCAGUGUGAUAAGAAAUUUUUUUCGGCGAAUGACAUGACAAAACACGUGAAUUCGGUGCAUUUGAAUUUGCGACCGUACAAAUGUGAUGAAAGCGGUUGCAAUAAGGCAUUUAAACAACAGUUCCAUUUGAAAGCCCAUCACGCACAGGUACAUGCCAAGCAGAAUCGCUAUUCGUGUUUGAUUUGCGACAAAAAGUUUUCGUUGAAAGGCAACUUAACAGCGCACUUGAAAAAUGUCCACAAAAAUUGAAAUACAAAUUUGUUUGAUUAGUUAA